GAAUGGAUUGAUUAAAAUAUUUACAUGUUUUUUCUUUAUAACUUCAUGGGUAUAAUUUAAAAUAAUCCAGUAGACUUAGUGCUUAAGACUACGGUUAUUACCAUCUGUUGUACAAUAAAAAAAAAUAAAAAAAAUCAACGGUCUCAUAAUUGCAUGGACAAGUAUAAUAAUAUUUAAUAUAGUAAAUGUGUAUCCUGGAAGGAAGGAAGUUUCGCGAGAAUUAUACGUUUGUCGUGUUAGCUUCCGUUGAGCAAUUGUUUUUAGUAAUGAAAAGUUAAAGGGCAGUUAAACUGCUUGAGUUGUUGCUGUUUAAUGUUAGUCUUCUUAGAUCUUUACUUUGAAGGAAACAAUGGCUAGCAUAUCUUCAGCCAUAAAACAUAUAAAACUUUUGGAUGGUGGAUUUGCAACAGAAUUAGUGAACCUUGGUUUUCAAUUAGAUGAUGAUCCUUUAUGGAGUUCUCGUGUACUGGCAACCAAUCCUCAGUCAAUUGUAGAGGUCCAUAAAAGUUACCUAAUGAGUGGAUCGGAUAUAAUCACAACUGCAAGUUAUCAGGCUAGUGUUGAAGGUUUUGAGAAAUACCUGAAUGCUUCUGUUGAAGAGGCUGAAAAGCUGAUAGGAUCAAGUGUUUCUUUAGCCAUCCAAGCUUGUGAAAACUUCUGGAGUCAGUAUCAUAUUCAGAUGGAACUGGCAGGGAAAACAAAACCCUUGGUGGCAGGAUCUGUUGGUCCUUAUGGUGCAGUUCUACAUGAUGGAUCGGAGUACACUGGCAAUUAUGUUGACAACAUGACAUUAGAGCAACUGAUGGCUUGGCAUCGUCCCAGGAUAAGAUGUUUAGUAGAAGCUGGCUGUGACAUCCUUGCUUUUGAAACCAUUCCUGCUGCUAAGGAAGGAAUUGCAUUAUUGAAGCUGCUCAAUGAAUUUCCUGAAGCAAAAGCUUGGCUGAGCUUUAGUUGUCAGGAUCCCCAUAAACUUGCUCAUCAGGAAAGUUUGGAAGCAUCUGUAAAGUCAUGUCUUGCUGUGGCACCACAACAUCAGCUUCUAGCUAUAGGGGUUAACUGUUGUCCACCACAGUAUGUUCAGUCUCUGUUGUCAGACAUCCAGUUAGUGCGACAAAAAUUACCACUUUUAGCUUAUCCAAAUAGUGGAGAAAAGUGGGAAGCUCAGAAAGGCUGGACAAGUAAGUGUGAAAGCCAGCCCAUACAUUACUUCUUAGAAGACUGGAUUGACUUGGGUGUUCAUUACAUUGGAGGUUGUUGUAGAACCACUCCAUAUCACAUCCGAAACAUUGCAGAAACUCUUCAGACACUAGCCAGCAAAACUUGAAAUAUUUCCAUGACUGUUGUAGUUAUUUGUGUAAAUUAAUAAUUAAAUUUAAUUCUUUUGUCUAAAGACAGUGAUGCAUUACUAAUAUAUUGCCAAUAAAUUGGCAUCAUCCCUAUUUUUGAACAGUGAGUGUAAGGUGAACUAAUAUGAAGUGGUAAUUAAUGCUGAUACUUAUUAUUGUAUUAAAAUAAGUUACAGAAACAGAUUUAUUAUCAAAAAUAGUGUUCACAACAGCAAUGGAUUUGUUUUUGUAGUUUUUAACAUGGAAAAUGUUAAGUGCAAAAAGAAUGAAGGUUUGAAUCUGUAUCUCCUGGAAAAGUAGGCAAUAAACUAAAAUAUGAACUGUA